AUGCGCAGAUGUCCGGCGUGGUGUGAGAUGAUGGCGUCUUCUGUAGCUCGCAGAUCCUCACGUAUUGUCACUGUCAUCGUGUCAUCUGGACACUGCAAUGUCGCUGUUACUAAUGUUUGCAAAGCGGCUGGAGGUGUCCGCAGUUUCUCCACAUUUGGUCCAGAAAAACUGUGGCGUGGAGGAACGACGACAUGCGGCGGACCGGGGAAAGGGUUGACAUUGAGAGGACUGUCUGGUUUAAAAUUUCCCAAUGGUGUGUCCACCCUGUCUUUUCACACAAGUGCCACCUCAAGCAAUAAACAAGAUUUCUACCAGAUCCUGGGUGUACCUCGUACAGCAACUCAAAAGGAAAUCAAGAAGUCUUACUAUCAGAUGGCUAAAAAGUACCAUCCUGACACAAACAAAGACGACCCUCAAGCCAAGGAGAAGUUUGCACAGCUUGCUGAAGCUUAUGAGGUACUUAGCGAUGAAGCGAAGCGGAAGCAGUAUGAUACCUAUGGGUCUGCAGGCUUUGAUCCCAAUCAGGGUGGUGGAGGCCAGAGAUACUGGUCAGGGCAAACCAGUAAUGUGGACCCAGAAGAACUUUUUCGCAAGAUUUUUGGUGAAUUUUCAGGGGGACGAGGCUUUGGUGACUUUAAUGCUAUAUUUGAUCAGCCGCAGGAGUACAUCAUGGAGUUGACAUUCAAUCAAGCCGCAAAAGGAGUCAAUAAAGAAAUGUCAGUAAACAUGGAUGCUUCCUGUCAAAGAUGUGACGGCAAAGGACACGAGCCCGGCACAAAGGUCCAGCACUGUCACUAUUGUAACGGCUCUGGAAUGGAGACCAUAAACACCGGCCCGUUUGUGAUGCGGUCCACGUGCCGGCGUUGUGGGGGCAAAGGCAGUGUCAUUUCUACACCCUGUGGUAUUUGUCGUGGGACCGGACAAACCAAACAGAGGAAGAGUGUCACGGUUCCUGUUCCAGCUGGUGUUGAAGAUGGUCAAACAGUUAGAAUGCCAGUGGGUAAAAAGGAAAUCUUUAUCACAUUUAGGGUCCAAAGAAGUCCAAUAUUCAGAAGGGAGGGAGCUGACAUACACUCUGAUCUUUUCAUCUCUGUGGCACAAGCUAUUCUUGGAGGGACAGCCAGAGCGCAGGGCUUGUAUGAAACUCUUAAUCUAUCAAUUCCUGCCGGUUGCCAGGCUGACCAGAAGAUCCGUAUGGGAGGAAAGGGGAUUGCUCGUAUCAGUGGUUAUGGUUUCGGUGACCACUAUAUUCAUGUUAAAAUCAGAGUUCCCAAGUCCCUCACUGACAGGCAGAGGACGCUAGUAAUGAGCUACGCAGAGGAGGAAACGGAUGUAGAAGGAACCGUAAACGGCGUCACUGCAACCUCCACAGGUGGGGGCAGUGCUAAAGGUUCUGUCAAUGAAAGCAGGAAUGUCGAAAUGGAAGGAGAUUUGAAACAAGAGGGGGGAUUCUUCUCUAAAUUAAAGAAACUGUUUAACUCCUGA